CUUUCUGAGAGAGUAAGGUAUUUUUAUUCUCUUUUGCAAGGAAAAUGCGAAAAGUAAACAGACGGUAUUCUUGCAAAAGCUUGCAACUAAUCAGCUGAUCAAAUCAAAACAAACCAAUUUGUCCCCCAUAAGGAGAAUUAAAACAAAGGAAGCAAUACUAAUUUUACAAGUUUUUUAAAUAAAAAUGUUAGGAAUAGUCUUUUAUUUUCUUAUUACAUAUUAAUAUUUACGUUUUUCACAUUUUGUAAAGUUUUUCUCCAAAAACAAUUAGUCUUGCUAAUUCCAAAAAAAAUUGUUCAAAUUGAAAGCACAAAAAUAAAUAAACAAACAAUAGAAAACAUCUGAUUGAAUGUCGAUGAAUGAGAAGAAGAAGAGUUGCAAGUGAUUGCAAGAAGAAAUUUUUCCAGCAAGAAUUUGCAAACUCUCACUGAAAGAACUGUCAAAAUUUCUCUCUCCAACCGCUCUCUUUUGCAGAACUUUUGAGUUAACAGACGACUUCCAGUAACAAUUUGUAACAAUUGUUACAAAUUUUAGGGUAACCAGACACAUCUAAUAUACAAAAGACAUACAGAUCAUAAGGCAAAAGGAAAACCAAAUGACAGCUAACCGCGGAAGAAGUUGGAAAAAAUCAAUGAAACGUCGUUUCAAACCAUAUAUUUGUGGCAACGGGUUUUCUGCAUAAUUUUCAAUUCAAAAAUUGGCUUGAGAUCGGGCACACAUAGAAGAAAAUGGAAAUCUCUGAACGGAGCAAUUGAGAAUAUAUUGACAUAUUUUCAGUGCCAUCUACCGAAAUAGCAUAUUUUUUAUCACACGUCUACCCAUGCUUUCAAUAGAGAUGUCAUUUUUGUCGCAGGUCUUCCUUAAAGUAGUAACGGACAUUUCUUCUUCUUUCCAAAUAUGUAAAAGAAAUGGUAGCCACAACUGAUGCCAUUAUAACGGUUUCUGCGAUUGAAGCGCCUUUUGCUGUGACUACGCAAAUCCAAAGACUAGUUUAACGUUUCUUGUUUUUUUUGUAAAAAUGGAUAAAAUAAUGAAUUCCAAAGACAAAGCCACUCCAUUGACCACGAAAAAGCUCUAUCAAGUACAUCCUGAAAUGGAAAAUGUUCUAAUUGUAGCCAUGGUAUUGGGUAAGACGGAACCAAAUAUAUUUCUAUCACGAAAUGACACGCAACAUAAAGGCGUUAUGACUUUUACACUACGCGAUGCUCCACAACACGUUGUGAAUUGCAAAUACUGGGGUACACGAGAAAAGGUGGAGGAACUAGACGGGCAAAUUCAAUUGGGAGAUAUUGUCGAUGUUGUGUGUCCCAAAAUAUCGUUAAUUCAAAAAUCCGAUGCCUUGGAAUCCAAGCAGGCACAAUUUCAGCCGGUAAGUUCAUUGCCGGUGACACUGGUGGUUAACGAGGGUCAGGGCUUGAUAGAGCGCCACAGCUAUCAUGAUUUGGAAAAAUAUACUGAAAUUCGACUACUGGCCCAUCAGUCGCAUAAACCUUUGUAUUCUGUCAUGAAUUUGGCAGAUGUACAGACAUCGUUUAGCGAUUCCAAGGCCCAGGCAUUUCAUACGGAUUUUUUGGUUGUUGUUGGCCUGGUGCGAAAAGCUCGAGAAAUUCGUGCCACCAAGGAAGGCAGAGCCCGCCGUUGCUUGGAAAUUGUGGUGUUCGAUCAGAGUCUAACAAGUGGCCUGACAUUUACCCUUUGGCACGCAGAUUGGAUAAAUCGUGCUGAAACCGUCUGGCAGCCAAUGAAAACGGUGCUACACCUAAUCGAUGUUAAAGUGUCCUACUCCAGCUUCUAUAAAGGCUGUAUUUUGAGUUUCACAUCAAAGAGCCUGCUCUAUGAAAAUCCUGUGGGCACUGAGACCCAACAUUUGAAGACAUUUGCCUCGACAUUAGCCAGAACACCGUUUGAUUUGGCCGUCCACAACAAUAGUGCUGAUACCUUGCCUAAAGCUGAGGAUAUACAAACGGUCAUGACUGUACGACAAAUUUAUGCCAGAGCCGAGGGCCAUCUAAGGGAUACCAAUGAGCAUUUUACCGCCAAAUUGUAUGCCAUGGUAACACGGUUUGAGGUAGAUUGGCCGGAUCGUGUUUUGAGUAAGAAAUGCAAAUCAUGCAAUCGUUAUAUCGCAACGCGCAAAGAUCUAUGUGACAAUGAACAAUGCCAGCUUUCGUUUUCCCUUGGCUAUACCGGGCAAAAAUAUGAUUAUUUUUUCAACAUUAACCUACAGCUAAGUGAUCACACUGGCACCCUAGUCGAAGGCCGUCUCACAGAUGCCAUUGCCAUGAAAGUGCUGUCCUUUAAUUGUGACCAAUACCUAAAACUUAACCCCCAAGAAUUGGAGCAAUUGAAAUGGCGUUUUCUCCUCAAUAACGUUGAGGCGAAACUACUCAUUAAGAAAUCGAAUGUGUUGAGACGUAAAAUGAUGGCGAUAAUAAUUGAUUUAAGGCCAAUUGAAUUGGAACAAUUGAGUGAUAAUAUAGCUGUAUUUUAG